AUGCAGCGCGAGUCCCGCGAUUGGCUCCCGACGGACGCGCAUCCCACGCUGGGUCUCCGAUGGCACCCUCUGACGGACGAGUUCGCCUUCUGCGUGGCCACCAUCUCAGUGGCGACCAUCACCCGAAGGUCAGUGCUAUCCCUUACAGCUCGACUGUUCGACCCUCUCGGCUGGCUCGCUCCCGCGACUGUAAGCGCAAAAAUCGCCGUCCAAAGUACUUGGCUCCAGGGUGUUGACUGGGACACCCUCUUGGAUGAUGAGUCGACCCGUUUCUGGUGCACAUUCCAAGACGAACUGCCACGCUUGAAGGCCAUUCGAGUGCCCCGCCGGAUACUCGCCGAUCCUUUCAGGGACAUCAAACUGUACGGCUUCGCCGACGCGUCGGAGCGAGCCGUGGUGUAUCUUCGCCAGAGGGACAGGAUGGGCACAGCGCACCUGCGAACUAUUCUGGGACUGCCGUGGAUCUCGGUGCACUGUUGGUCAGACUCCACGGUCGUGCUAGGCUGGAUCAAAGGACAUCCGAGCUACGUAGCUAACCGGGUAUCGGAGAUCCAGACCACCAUCCACGACGCUCACUGGCACCAUGUUUCCGGUGCGCAGAAUCCUGCCGAUUGCGCCUCACGUGGGCUGUCUCCGGGGACUCUAGCUGCUCACGACCUGUGGUGGGCAGGUCCCUCCUGGCUCUCCAAGACUGACGCUUCCUGGCCAGCCCCCGCCGAGCCGUCCACGACGACUGAGCUUCCGGAGGCUCGGGUUACUGCCCAAGCGACUACUACCACGCUCAUUCCUGAAGAGCCCGACGAGCUGACACGGUUCUCGUCUCACAGUUCUCGUCUCGGUUGCUGCGAGCCACUGCCUGGUGUCGACGCUGGUUAUUGCGGGGGAGAUCUCGGAGGGCGUCACCAGAUUUCCCCAGUCUUGCCGCGGGCCCGCUGA